AUGUCACCAGCUGCAUGGCGAGACGAGAACCCAUUCCACCAGAGCAAAGUCCUGACCUAUUAUCAUUGCGACUAUAUCAUCGUCUCCCUCUCAGCAACUCACUUCGCUAGUUCCAGGGCGCACAGUGAAGGAAUUAAGCUCCAGAAAGAUCUACGGGCGUACCUGGUUGCUGUAAAAGCUAUGCACGAAGCCACAAAGAAGCUGUCGGAAGUUUUGGAGGAAAUUUAUGAGCCAGACUGGGUCGGCAGACAAGAAAUUCAUGCGAUUUCAGAGAAUGGUGAUCUUCUCUGGACUGACUAUCAUCAGAAACUGGUGGAUCAAGCUCUCCUGACGCUGGAUACAUACCUCGGCCAAUUUCCAGACAUUAAAGUAAGACUCGUUUUUCUUUUUGCUAAGAUUUGCAAGAAGCAAGUCCGUCAAAGUGAAGAAAACCAGUCGCUGGUCUGCUCAAAGGUUUGGGCUGAAGAUUAUGGUGGUUUUAUUGUGCGUUAUUCCCACAGAGCCUUAGUGAAAGUAGAGAAGUCUGCCUCACCACCAGAGUAUGAGUCUCCUCCCAGCAGUCCUGUGACAAAGGAUGACAAUCAUGUAGCUUCAACUUCUCCUGCACCACAUGUCCCUUCUAUACCAAAGUCACCAUCCCAGCAAAGGAAAGGUCCUCCAGUACCCCCUCCACCAAAGAUCACACCAUCCAAGGACAUCAAGCAAGAAAAUAUCCUCAAUCUGUUUGACGACAGUUUCAUCCCUGAGAUAAGUGUGACGACACCUUCACAGUUUGAGGCUCCUGGGCCUCUGCAGGAUGAAGGAAGCCUAUUGGACUUAGACUUUGAUCCUCUGAAGCCAGAGUCCAGUUCAGUAGUGAGAGCAGCUUCGCCAGUCUCUCAGUCUUUACCUUGGGAUUUGUGGGAGCCUGAAAAAACUGCAUCUAACAGCAUUUCCAUGGACCAGUCUCCUAGAAUGGCCAUGGGCGAUGGUCUUAGUGAGAGCAAUUUUGCAGUGGACUGGCCAGCCCAGCCCAGCCUGCUUAGCAAGAAUGAAGGUGCCACUGCUCAAGCAGUGGAGCAAGUGAAUGCCACUGGUGAAGUUGCAGAGAAGGGAGCUGAAGAUAAAGUUGCUUCUGAUGUUUUGGAGGCACAACCAGAACCAAAGAAUGAAAGUUUGGAAAAUGAAACUGGUACAGACCUUGCCAUGUCUAAGGAUGUUUUGCCAGCUGUAGUAACAGAGACGCUUCCAGCAGCCACCAAUGGAGCUGUCUAUGACUCAGUCCCUGUUGAGGACAUGGAAAUGCCCCCUGGAUUUCAGUUUAAGGUUCGGGCUGUCCAUGAUUACAAUGCAACAGACACCGACGAGCUAAACCUUAAAGCAGGCGAUGUUAUUUUUGUUGUUACUCAUGAAAACCCAGAAGAACAGGAUGAAGGCUGGCUCAUGGGCAUAAAGGAGAUUGACUGGAUUCAGCGCAAAGAUCUGAAGACCGCUAGGAGUGUUUUCCCAGAAAACUUUACUGAGCGUGUUCAAUAACCAAUUGGAUAGGAAAGAGCAGAGAGGUGGGAGGAGGCUCCUGGGGCUUGUAGAUGGAAGACCUGCACCAGCGCAAUUUCCUCGUGUUUUGUCAGCCGAAAAACAGAAGUUGCCAUUGUAAAUGUGAAGCAUUCAGCCCAUGGUUCAUGUUUACCAGCUCUGGGUUAUGGUGCUUUGAAUGCUCAAAGGGCAGCUGGUCCUUGGAACAAGCAGUUCUACCAUUAAAACAGCAAUUUACUCUAGUUUCUCCAUUGCAUGAAGUUCUGUUGUGACAAUUUGAGCAUAUGGGAAAGUCAAAAAACAUAUCUAAGGUAUUAUGUGAUAUCCAGGUUAGAAGUGGGAGAAGGUUGAUUGUGUUUGUUUUAAAGCUACUGGUGUUGCUUUUUAAGGGGUCUUUGAGCUGACCUUCCAAAUGCUUCAGGAGGCAAUCAUGUAAGCGAUGCAGUUAUGUAUGAUCCUUAAACAGCCAAUGUAAAGCUUGAUCAUUCAUUCACUUUGUGUUCAUUGGAUGAUAUUAGGGCAGUGACAGAAAUGGGCAGUUGGAAACUGAAUUUACAUGAUGCUUUUUAUACCCUUGAACCGCAUCUGAUUUUUUCCUUUGGUGAUCCUACUCUAUUUUUUAAUGUAAUAAUGUAUGGAAAGGGAUGUCCACUGGUUUAUUUUCACUGGUUCAUUAUUUUUGAGAAUUCCUCCUGUCUUUGGAGAGAUAAAAAUGAAUCAAUGAAACAAAUGUUGGGUGACUGCUACAUGAGCCUGUCUACAAUAGAGAAUUGCAGGAGGGUCUUGAUUUUCAUUGGUAUGCUAUCAAAAGUGACAAAGUCAGUCAUCUGGGUUUUUUAUGUUGUUGCUUUUGGGUUGGGGGUUUCUUUUCUCAUUGUUCAUAGGCUGGAACAGUGAUUAGAGACUAGUCUGCGGCUAAUUCUGGAUAGCAUUGCAUUUGAGGUGAAACAUCCCAGGUUACCUUCCAUCCCAUUCCCCGUCACAACCCUUUCCCAUUGGCUGUGUGGCAAUGCCUCUGACCAGUGAGAAAGCAAAAAGCCUCUUUUUUUUAUUACUCUUUGGCUGAUUCUUGACAGUCACUUGAACAUUCUCUCUUCUUUUCCAACUCCUUUUUUCAAAAUAAGAGAGCAGAAGUGUUGAACUUUUUUUUUCCCUGCGGUGUCAGGAGAUGAUCUUUCUAAAUCCAGGGGACCCAGGACAAUUCUGGAGGGUCAGCAGCCGCAGGUGAUAUCAGAUUGGCAUCAUUCAUUCAGCCUUGGUCAAGGUUAAUUUGUCUUCCAUGAAUUUUGGGAAGGUGAUUCUCUAAACCUGGUUGUGAGGUGUUGUUUUUGCCUGAAGCAUUAAUGACUCCAUUCUCAAAACGUUGCACACUUCUGCAUCUGUCUCUGCUCCUUUUAGGAAAAGCAAGAGAUUACUGCCAACUUUGUGGAGUCUGGCCAGGAGGUCCGUUGAGCCUUGCUGGGGUCUGCAGGUAUCCAGUUCAUCUUAUAGGUUUGCAUGGUGGGAGUUAACAGAUGAACGUGAUGGUCAAACCAGUCCCUGACACCCCUCCAUACCCCAUGUGUCCUGCUGGAUAAUGUGUGUAACAGUCUGGAUCGGUGUUUUUUUUCACGUUUUACUCCUACUCCUACUCCUACCCCUACCCCAGGGACAUCUGAUGCCAAAUAAAUCCAUGAGCCCUAUUCGACGACUUGUAAACCUGUCCAGACCAUUGUAAGCGGACUGAAUUAAGAUGUUGAUCAUCUUUUAUUUUAAUUUUAAAUGCUGCUGUAGCCUUGGCAGGUUUGUCUCCAAUCCUGAGGGCCUGACUUACCAGUAUUUUAAUUAUUGUAAAACCUGCAAUCAUGUAUUUUUCUCGUGAGUGAGAUAUUAGUUUACCUUGCAAUUAUGGGUUGUUGUUUUAAGCGAGCCAUCUGUAUAGUUUAUCUUGACUCGUGUCCAUUAUGUUCAAUGUGAGUCAUUGCCAUCUGUGAGUGUGUGUAAAUACAAUAGUUUCCCAACAGUGUGAUUUUUGAAGUGGCUUGUUUCAGUAUUGUCCUAUUUUUAAAAAAAAAAGUCAGUUUCCCAGUACUAGAACAUCAGUUUGUUAACUGAAAAGUUUCUGUUGGUGAAUUAUUUCAGUGUCUUCCACAGCAUUGUGUUCUGAACAUCUUUUUUUUCAGAUGCAAACAGCCCUGAUGUUCACUUCUGUGUGGUGUUACGCCUGUGAUGUCGCUCAUUCCCAGUGAUUUUAUGCAAUGCAGUUGGAAUUGCUCAGUUCAUAGCUAAUGCACAAAGAAAUAAAACUGGUCUUCUGGUUG